AUGGCGUCCCGCCCCGCACCCGCUUCGGGUUUAGUGCCAUCUCUGGCCGCUUUUACCGCCCCCGUCACCGACCAUCCAUCUAUAAAGGACCGCUCGCCCUCCCAUCGACUCGUCGACGCACUUCAUCCUCUACGACACCCCGCCUGGCUUCCUGAUCUCUUUCUUCGCCGGCCCCGCCGCUUCUGCGCAUGGUCCUUCAGCCUGAUGCACUGCCCCUUUCAUUUCGUCGGAGCUGCCGCGCUGUCCGGCCGCCCCAAGGGAAGAAAAACCGACGUGAGUCCUGAUUCAGUCUUCCGCCGUAUUGUGUGUGCUUGA